UCUCUUUAAAAAAAAAAAACACACUAAGGAGUACUGAAAUCAGAGUAGGAGGUCCAAAAAUGGAAAAACCUAGCCGUCCGCACGUGAGCGGCAUGCGCGGUAUAUCCUGAUUCCGGAAAUCCGCGUAUUUUUCACACCUUCCUCAAGCUCGUCGUCUGUUUGUCAAUGUCUGGGCAUUGAUUUCAAGUCCCGAUCUUCAGAAAGAAAGAAUGGCGAUUGCCGUUCCUGGGCAGCUAAACAUUGAGGAGUCUCCGCCGUCAUGGGGCUCCAGAAGCGUCGAUUGCUUCGAGAAGCUCGAGCAGAUUGGCGAAGGAACUUACGGUCAAGUAUACAUGGCCCGAGAAAUCCAAACAGGGGAAAUUGUGGCUUUGAAAAAGAUACGCAUGGACAAUGAAAGAGAAGGGUUUCCUAUAACAGCCAUUCGGGAAAUUAAAAUUCUAAAGAAACUUCACCAUGAAAAUGUUAUCAAUCUGAAAGAGAUCGUGACUUCUCCAGGUCGUGAGAAGGAUGAUCAAGGAAAGCCAGAUGGUAACAAGUACAAUGGGAGCAUCUACAUGGUUUUUGAGUACAUGGACCAUGACUUGACUGGCCUUGCUGAUCGUCCUGGACUAAGAUUUACUGUACCCCAGAUUAAGUGUUAUAUGAAGCAGUUAUUGACUGGGCUCCAUUAUUGUCAUGUAAAUCAAGUGCUUCACCGAGAUAUUAAAGGUUCCAAUCUUUUGAUAGAUAAUGAAGGAAAUUUAAAGCUUGCUGAUUUCGGACUUGCACGGUCAUUUUCUCAUGAUCACAAUGGAAAUCUUACAAAUCGCGUGAUCACUUUGUGGUAUAGGCCUCCUGAGUUGCUGCUUGGAGCCACUAGGUAUGGGCCAGCUGUUGACAUGUGGUCUGUUGGCUGUAUCUUUGCUGAGCUUCUGAAUGGAAAACCAAUCCUACCUGGAAAAAAUGAGCCGGAGCAAUUGAACAAGAUAUUUGAGCUCUGUGGAUCUCCUGAUGAGAUCAACUGGCCUGGUGUGUCAAAAAUGCCCUGGUAUAACAAUUUCAAGCCAUCAAGGCCCAUGAAGAGACGUGUCCGAGAGGUUUUCAGACAUUUUGACCGCCAUGCUCUAGAACUACUGGAGAAAAUGCUUGUGCUGGAUCCAUCCCAGAGAAUACCAGCCAAGGAUGCACUUGAUGCUGAGUAUUUUUGGGCUGACCCCUUGCCUUGCGAUCCCAAGAGCUUGCCAAAAUAUGAGUCGUCGCAUGAGUUCCAGACAAAGAAAAAACGGCAGCAGCAGCGACAGAAUGAGGAAGCGGCUAAGAGACAGAAGUUGCAGCACCCGCAGCAGCAUUCUCGCCUCCCCCCUAUUCAACAUUCUGGACAAGCGCAUCCAACUCAUUGGCCAGGGCCUAAUCAUCCCAUGAACAAUGCGCCACCUACUGUGUCUGCUGGACCUAGUCACCAGCAUUAUGGGAAGUCUCGUGGUCCUCCAGGAGGUCCAAAUAGGUACCAUCAAGGUGGAAAUCAGAGUGGGGGAUACAACCCAAACCGCGGUGGCCAAGUUGGAGGUUACAGUAGUGGCCCGUAUCCACCCCAAGGGCGAGGUCCACCAUAUCCUAGCGGUGGUAUGCCAGCUGGUCCGAGAGGGGCCAGUGGUAAUUAUGGAGUUGGCCCUCCAAAUUUUUCACAAAGUGGUCAAUAUGGAGGCUCUGCAGGGAGAGGUCCAAACCCAAUGGCUGGUAAUCAAAAUCAACAAUCUGGUUGGCAGCAAUAAGCAUGUAAACAGAUACACUGACAACUACAAUGAAGGAUAUCUGGCCUCUGUGCAAUAUCCAGUCAAGAAGUUCAUAAGCUGGCUACUAAUAAGGUUUUCAUGGCAUAUAGAUUCAAUUCUUGGUUACAUUGUUUCACAAGUGGCUUCAUCUUUUUUGACAUGGAUAUAUUUGGACACCAAAUUACUGUUUGAACGUAUGACCACACAUUUGAUUUUGUCGUGUAUUAUCUUCGACCUUGACGACCAUCUGAAAGUAACUGGUAAGGCGGUAACUGGUUCGUUUGUAUCACCUGUCUAUGUUCCUACUUCUUUGUGCAUACAGUGGCUUUCCUAGAACCUGGUAUAUUUGCUUCUUGGCUUAAUAGUGUAAUGUGUGGUGCAAGCAUAAGCCAAGUUCAUGAAAUGUAUACGGAAUCACUGCACUAAUAGACUACAGAGAGCAAACAAAUUUUUUCUCUGCUUAAUUAAUGACAAUUAUUUUCUUUUGCUUU